AGGAUUUUAAUUCAGCAUGGGUUGACGCAGUGGUGACAAAAUGAGGGGUGGAAGUUCAGAACGCUUGGUGGUGCGUUCUUCGCGCCGAAGAGGCGAUACACGUGCAAAACUAACUCGAUACAUUACGGUUAUGCUCGCGGCUCUCCUUGGAGGUGGCGGUUCUGCUCUUCUCUUCCUUGUGCCAUUGUAUGCUGAUCCCGCAUUAAGCGCUUUAGCAGCUGACUUUGAUCCUAUACCAGCUGAAUGUGUGACGGAGCGGCGCGAUGACAGGCUAGGACUGGAUAAUUGCACGUGGGCAUCAUGUCGAGAAGGUUGCACGAGCGACGCUUAUAAAUGUAUUCAAUUGCACGUAAAGUACAAAGCACAGGCUGAGGAUUGGCGCCCUGCUGUUUUAUAUGUAAACAUCAAAGGAUGUGGAUAUCCUCCAGCAGUUAAUUGUGAGAACUUCACACUGAGUUAUGGAUAUGUUGGAGCGAGGUAUCCUUGUUAUUGGUCUCGCGCUGAUACCACAGUCGUGGUUCCUAGGUGGUCUAGAGGCGAGCAAGUGGCGACUGUGACCAGAACAUUGGCUAUACCUCUUUUCUUGUCUGGCUGCGCUGGUAUUGGUCUAUGUGCACUGCACUGCGAGUGUAGACCGAGACGCCGAAGACGUCCCCCACGCAGACCACCACGUUUACCAACUCUGACUCUCGACGACACUGCUGUUUACCGACUCGCUUAGGUGUGACAUAUCCAAAUUACUUAUUUUAUGAAUUGCACCAAUGUACCAAAUUUCCGUUUUAAUGUUAGAUAUCUUGUAAUUAAAAAGCAUCAAGUUGCAAUUUUCGCGCAGAUAUAUUUAAAUAUAACUAUACUAUGAGGAGUAU